GAGCUGAGUCGAAGAGGGACCGGAUUCACCGCUCAGCUGAGAGGAGAGGACGCCGCCGUAGGUAACUCAGCCCUUCGCUUUUUCAUUAAAUAUCGUUGCUAUAUGCGCAUGCGUUAUUUCUUGUUCCAUUAACGGAUCUGCAGAAAGAAGGAAAAAAACGGAAUUAUUGUCCAAUCAAGAUCACAGUGAGUGCGCAAACUCACAGUCCACACCAAAUAAAUGAUAAGCAAACUGUGGGACAAACUGUGACCAUGACACUUCCAUCCCUUCCUUGUCGUCACCAUUAAAAUAUAACGCGUCACUUUAAAAUAUAGUCUCGGUGUACCCAGAACGUGAUCGAUCAUCUUCCCCGACCGCCCACACUCCUGUGUCAAUCAGCCGGAAGUGUUCUAACCGCACAGAUGGCAGAUGAAUCCUCUGCUUCUUUCCCCGAUUCAGCGCUGCCGUGCAGAUGGAGUCGGGACCGGGAGGCCGUGGCCGCGCGUCAGCGUCAGCGCCGCUCCCGGAGUCGCCGAGCUGGAGGAGAAGCGCCUGCCCGCUGGACGAACUCCUGUGAUCGGACCGUCCUCUGCUGCGCACCGGGAGUGUUGGGAGGGGAAAAAAAUGAGCAACUUCAAUCAAAAUCCUCUCAUGGAGCCAGGGGGCGCAGGGUAGAGAGGAUUGGCCGGGCAGGGGCCUCCAGGAGAGACCAGAGCUUCACAACUCAAUUGUAACUCCACUAAAGCUAAUGGAUUUAAAGAGAGUGCUGUCCUUCCCACCGUACCCCGGGGACUACCUGCAUCCAGUGGUGUAUGCCUGCACAGCAGUCAUGCUGCUCUGUCUGCUUGUCUCCAUCAUGACCUACGUUGUACACCACAGUGUGAUCCGCAUCAGCAGGAAUGGCUGGCACACACUCCUCAACUUCCUCUUUCACACGGGGCUGACGUUUGGAGUUUUUGCCGGGGGCAUCAAUCAGAUCACCUUACCUUUUGUGUGUCAAAUUGUUGGCAUUGUGCUUCACUAUGCUUCUUUGUCUACCAUGCUGUGGCUGACAUUUACUGCAAGAAAUAUCUGUAAAGAUGUAUCCAAAGACCCACUUCGGGCCCAGAACAGAGAUGGGCCGGGCCUGACUCGCACCAAACCAACUGUCCUCAGAUUUUAUCUUGUGAGUGAUGGAAUCCCUCUCCUAAUUGUUGGAGUUACGGCAGCAUUUGGUAUGGAUAACUAUGGCAGCAGGGAUGACGCUUUGUAUUGCUGGAUGGCAUGGGAACCAAGCUUGGGGGGUUUCUAUGCACCCAUUGGUCUUCUGGUCUUAGUCAUGUCCAUGUACUUCUUGUGCACAUACAUCCAGCUUAAAUGCCACCCAGAGAAGAAAUAUGAGCUGCGAGUUCUGAGUGAGGAGCAGCAGCAGUUAUCAUCUAGCGAGUCAAACCAUCACUGCCACACCAACACUGGGGGAGUUUCUGGGCCCGCUGGGGAAUUUGCAACAGGCGUGUCGGUACUGGCCAAUGAGCACUCAUUUAAAUCUCAGCUCCGGGCCACAGCCUUCACGCUCUUUUUGUUCCUGUCUACCUGGGCUUUGGGAGCGUUGGCUGUAUCACUGGGACAUUUCCUGGAUAUGAUAUUCAGCUGCCUGUAUGGGGCUUUUUGUGUCACUCUGGGACUCUUCCUUCUCAUCCAGCACUGUGCCAAACGUGACGACGUAUGGCACCGCUGGUGGGCUUGUUGCCCGUCGAAGUCUAAGUCCGAGGAUGGGGACGGACAGAGCCCAAGGCAGGAGCUCCAUCAGCCACACUGCCGCCUGAGCUCUCCAUGCUCCGGCAAGCAGCCUCUGCUCUCUCCUCACCUUGUGCAGAGUUCUUACCACAAAAUGACACCACCUUCCCAGAGCCCCAUGACCAAUCACAUGGGUCCAUGCUGCGUGGCCGUGAUGAGUCCUGUUACCACGACCCCCAUGUCACCUCUCACCGAGCAACUGCCCUCACCUCGUCCGCAGACACUCUCCGACGAGCUCCCUCGUCCCGCUCUGCCUCUACAGGGCUGCCUUAGUGACAGAACAAAGUCACGCUCUUUCAACUGCCCACGUCCAUGCCUCCAGGACUACCGCUCGCACAUGACCUCCACCAGUAUGGACGGGAGCAGGCACAGCUCGCACCUGAACAACCCUCACGCAGUGCACCACCUCGAAGGCUCACCACUGCUUUCCAACAGCCCACACCCGGACCUCCAGCUUCCCUGCCCCAGCCCUCUCUUGGAUAAGCAGCUGGCUUCCUGCCAAAGCUUGCAACGCCAGAACUCUUCCUGUCACAGCCGGACACACAACAUGCACGACAGCAUUACUUCCUGUCACAGCCUCCUCCUGCCUUGUCAUGGGGUCCACACCUGCCAGUGGCACAUGUACAGCUCAGCCGAUCACUCCUCCACUAUGAGCUGCUGUGAUAAAUCCGACCCCUUCGCCUUGCAGUACCAGCAAGACCCCGAAGCCUACAGCUGCAUGUCGAAGCCAAAGGAUAGUCUCUGCGUAGAGGUGGAGCAGAAAGGUUUCCCAAGAAAUACUCUGCCUCGGCAGCACGGCACUGUCAGCCGGCGAGGUACCAUCGGCCGGAACAGGAGCUUGCAGGAAGAAGGCCUGUUUGGUUCAGACGCCACAGGAAACAUACGGACUGGCCCUUGGAGGAAUGAAACCACUGUAUAGUUUUCUUAUACACUUGUCCCUGUACUUGCCACACCUUCCAGCAGCCCUGUAAUCAAAUUACCCCUUUAAGUGUUUGGGUCUCAAUGCCUUCAGCUUUGCCCCUUGAACCAAAGGUUGAGUUUUCAGUGAGGCCUCGUAUCCUGAGGAGAUUUCUGAACCCCUUCAUGACAAAGUUCUCUAUAAGUGUGUUACUAAUCCGUUUUUGCAAGGAAUAUUCAAACGCUAGAAAACUUCAAGUAGUGUUCCAUGAAUAUUCUGCUCCAUGUAGUUUAAAGUUGCAAUCAGUACUGUAUGGCUCUCUAGGGGCACAGUGGCUCAGUAGUUAGCAAUGACACAGCAAGAAGGCCAUGAGUUUUGAAACCCCAUCAGUUCUACAUUCCCCCUACAGUCAAAAGAUAUGCAGAUCAGCUGCAAGGAAUACUCCAACCUAGAUGUUUUCACAGAUUUAAAACUUUAGACCUGAUCCCAAGCAGGCCAGUGAAAAAAGUACCCAAACUCAAUGGGAAUUAAUUAGUUGUCUUAAAUAGGAGAUCUCAUCCAGAAGAGGGAGGAAAGUCUGACUCAAUCUGAAUAGACCCAAAGAUUGCGUGGACCUCUUAAACCUAACAAGUAUGAAAGUUGAUUGGGGCUCAUAAAUACUGUUGUCCAGCAAUCAUUACCAAGUUGGGACAGCAGCCAUGCUGUGAUAUCAGCUAUACUGACAUUUAGAAAGGCAACUAUUUUGAUAAUUGAUCAAUCUGUUGAUUAUUUCUCUGAUUAUUGGAUUAUGACAAUGAACUUGAAUCACCGCCUUCCGGUUGUAUGCCUCCACCAACCAGUCAUGUUGCAGUUCACAUCCAUGUCAGUCCAAGAUAACUUCAUCAUUUUAUCCAAUAAGACAUUUGUGUGAAAUUGUCAUAAUUAACAAACAAAUUCUUGAGUUAUGGCCCAAAACAUGUUUUGUGAGGUCACAGUGUCACUUUGACCACCAAAUUCUAUUCAGUUCGUCAUGCCGUGAAAUAGCAGUGGGAACUGGCUCACGUUAUAUUUAUUUUAGACAGAACGAAAACAGGGUGAAAGAAAAACGUAUGACGGUUGACACUUCAAAGUGUCAUUGGAGUGCUGAAAAAAAAGACAGCUUAAAAUUUGUGCUGUCCACUCAUAGGCUAUACUAACAUUUUAUUUAUAUAAUUUGUUCAUCAUCCAUAAAAAAACUAAACCAAAAUACAUAAAUAUUCUUUACAGAUUUGAAACACUCACAAGUUCGUCAACCAGCAAGUAGAAGAAUCGGGAGCUCCUGUGUUCACUGAGGUAAAGAAGCAGUAAAAUAUCACUGAUUGCACCUUUAAAUACUUGGCUUGAUCGCUUUCAAAAAGUUCUAUAUUCGUCAAUGUUAUUACGUUUUUAAUGGCAUUGCUGGACACAAUAUCAAUUUAAAUGUGAGUGGUUACACAUUUGAAAACACUUUUGAAUCAGUGUGAGCAUGUGUGUGUGUUUUUAUGUGUGCAACAGUGCAUGAGUAGAUACAUACAGAUGCGGUGUUUUUUUCUGCUAUAUGUGUUUAUUAUUAUGGAUUCAUCCUUGCAGUUAUGAUCUGUCUCGAUAAAGAUUAAUUUAUGAAGCCUAUAAAGAUUUUCUAUGGAGACACCUUAACUAUGCUGCCAAAUGGAGUCAAAUAGACUCGUCUGACAAAUAUUGCACUAGUAUGUACUAUAGUAAGAUAAUAAUUUUAAAAAAAACCUGCAAUGUGCUACAAAGCACAAACUUUGUAUAGUGCCAAAAGACGUGCCAGCUUUCAUUGUGAUGAGAAACUACACACAGCUCAUUCUCAAUAGGCUUUGAGAGAUCAUAUAGUUUGAAGCAUCAUACAAACUUGAACUCAGGUUUUAGAAGAUCAUCAGCAGCCCCUUUCAAGUCACUCCAGAAACUUCUAUAUGUUACCUCCAGAGAGGUGUUUUCAUAACCAGUUGAGCCCGGCUUACUUC